AGCUGCCUGUUCUUUCUGAGCCGGUGUCUUUCUAUAAUUCAGCACUGCAGGUCGGACAGCGCCUUCUCUUCCGCUGCACUCGGGCUGCAACUUCCUAGAACCCAGUCCAGUCCAUUAUAAUCUUCCACAGAUCUGAGCUGUGACCCGUCUCCGUCCCAUCUUGCUGGGCCAAAAUUCAACCAAAAUUUGAACUCAUAUAUCGGGACUCGAAUCUUUCUUUUUGCAGGCGGCUCCCUGCUCCUCUUGGUUUCAAGUUGUUUUAUCUGUCGACUACCAUCUCUAUGAAGAAGUAACCAGAGUUCAGUGGCUCAUAGAUCGGGUGCCGGUUACCUUCUACGUUGCUAUUUAGGAAUCAGUACUGCAAAUCCAGCCAUUGAUUUCUGGCAAGCAACUUUCAUAAGUAAGGAGCCCCAGUCCAAGCGCACUGCCUCCAGGUGCAGCUCGGGCAACAUGUUUUAUUUUCACUGCCCUCCGCAGCUGGAAGGUUCGCCUCCUUUUGGGGCUCACUCUGCUUCAGAGUUUGAUGAUGGCUUUCUGCGCAGAAAACAACGGAGGAACCGAACCACAUUCACACUGCAACAGCUGGAAGCCCUAGAAGCUGUGUUUGCCCAGACACACUAUCCUGAUGUGUUUACCAGAGAAGAGCUUGCAAUGAAAAUUAACCUCACGGAAGCUAGAGUACAGGUGUGGUUCCAAAACCGCAGAGCAAAGUGGCGAAAAACUGAAAGGGGAAGCUGUGAGCAAGAAGGAGCAAAGGAAACAGCUCCAGAAGUUACCACUGCAGGUAGAAAUCUCAGCCCUCCUUCUUCAGUGGAGCCUGUGAGAGGAAAGAAAGAAACAUUGGAAGCACACCAAAGGUGUCUGUCCCAUGACCGGACUGUGGGUUCAGCAACUUCUUUCUUUCCCUCUUGCCUGCCUGGAGCUCUCCUGAACACAGCAAGUUAUGCUCAAGCUCUGUCGCAUGUUGCAUCUCUGAAGGGCAGUCCCUUGUGUUCUUGCUGUGUAUCCGACCCCUUGGGUCUUUCCUUCUUACCCCCAUACAGUUGCCAAAGUCAUCGCACAGCCAGUGUAGCAGCCCUCCGAAUGAAAGCACGGGAGCAUUCAGAAGCAGUACUCCAAUCUGCACAACUUCUGCCUACAGCAGGCAACAACACUGGAGCAUCAGCUUCUGCCCCUCUUGAGGGAGGACAAGAGAGAGUUCCACAGGCUGAGCAAAGUGACACAGAAAAAAAUGUAUGAGAGUACAUGACAGAGAACACAAUGACAAAAUGUAUCUGACACCCACCGUGAUGUGCAUUGUCUGUAUAGCCUGAAAGAUAGGGCAUGUGAUCUACCUUGUCACUCCCUUAUGGGAAAAACAAACAUCCAUGCUUACUCCAACUAUGAUUCUGCUAUGGGUUCUAGACUUGCUCAAGAUAACUAAGAGUGUUAUGGAUUGGCCCAUUGUUCAACACACAGACUGUGAGUUCAAAUAUUAAAUGCACCCAUAGCAAACAAAGAUUUAGUUUGGGCUUCCAGUGCUCUCAUGAACCACAGUAGAAGAAUUUUGGGUCUUAUGGGUCUUGGUACCCUCAUCAGCUGCUGUCUAUGCUGUAAGAAAAGGCCUAAUUUGCUCAGGCUUAAAUUCAACCAUAUACAGUAUAUUCCCCCCAAUAGAAUCUUAAUAUAUCAAAUAUUUAUUUGUGUAUUUUCCCAUCCAUGAUUUGUUGUGUUAUCUGACACUAAAGGCGUGUUUAUUAACACCGGAGACAAACAUCACCAGUGAUGUUGCCUGUAGCAACCAAUCAGCAAUUAGAUUUGAACAGUCAACUACAAGUUAGAAAACAAAAGUAAAGAUCUGAUUGGUUGCUAUGGGCAACAUCACCAGUGAUGAUUGCCCCUAAGAUUUAAUUGGUCUUAUUGCUGGAGAUGAGCAGAACUCUGAUCCAGUAGUUUUUUUCUUAUUUAAUAUUGUCUAUGGCUUCCCUAAAUUUACCUUUCUCCUCCCAAAUAUCUAAAGGUAAUUCACAAGUAAUUUUAGUUAAAUGAAAGAUGCAAUUUUAGAUGAAAGUGAAGACACAUCCACUUUUGUGUCAUAUAAAUGUGUCAUCUCAAAAAUGUCACCUCAUCUUAUGUGUAAAAUUACAACCAUAGAUGAUUAAGCAUCUCAGGUCUGGCAUUGCCCAGUCAUACUAAACCAUGACUGUAUUUGCUUUUCAUGUGUUUGUGUUUGCAAAGACUUUUGUUUAUACAUAUUUAUGUUUUUUGCAUGCAUAUUGGAAUUCAUGUUUAGAACGAGACUGUACAGUGGGGUGGGGGGUUGCUCUCCUUUCCCUUUUCUCAUACAACUGCAAAAAAUUACUAAAAAUACUUGGUUUAAUCUCCUUACUAUCAGGCAGCAUUAGGAGACAGCCUUGGAGCUCCCUCCAAUGGGAAAGACAGCAUUCUACAUAUGCACUUUAAUAAAUAACAAGUAUUGAUGCAGUACAACUAAUACCAUACUGUUGAUAGCAUAAUUACAAUUUGGGACAUAGGGGGAGUCCUUAAGGGUUGCCACCUGGCUGGUAUUUUUAGCCAAGCUAGUAAAAAUAAUGCAUGAUGCCAAUUUUAUUAAAAAGAAAAAAAGCUAAAAAAUAUAGAAUGGUAUUUUUUGAGAAAAGGUGGUUAACCAAAUUUUCUUGAUAACUAUUCAACCUUGUUUUGGUCUGCCAUCAACAAAUAUUCAUGUCACAUACAUCAGAAUGAAAAAUCUACAUUCAUAGCCAUAUCUGAGUUAAUAGUCCAGUCCUAACAUUUUUGGUGUUAUUUUACCUACCCCAUCAUACCAAUAGUCAAAUAUAAAGAUAAAGGCUUUUAAAAAAUAAUUUCAUAAUUUUCUGAUGGGUGAUAUUUACAUCCCUGGUAUACACAUGUAUUUAUACAUUUUUGGUUUACGUAUGGCCAGAGUUAGCUAUAGGCAGAAUAUGCUAUACCCUAUAGUAAGGACGCAAGCACACACCCACACUAUUUCCUCUUUUCAGUUAGAAUGGAAAAAAAUAUAUAAAAGGAAGAAAAUAUCAUUGACACUCCCAGAGUUAUUUUUCUGAGAUAUGUUUCUGAAAAAAACAAAAAAGUUUGCUUUUGCUUUUCAACCAGUUUGUAUUGCGAGUAGUUGCAAAUACUACCAGCAGGAGGAGCUGCUUGCUUUGAUUUUAUCUAUAAAGAAAGUAAAACACCUGAUACCAAUAAAAUGUAUCUGUAUUAAUGAGAUUUUCCAUUCAACAGACCCACCUGCUACAGCCUGUACCACUGUGUAGAUGAUUAUUUUGUUAUAAUUUGACAAGCCGCAUAUCAUAAAAGCAUCUUGCAUUAUCUGAAACAAAAUAUGUGACUAUGGUUGAUAGCAUUUGUUUCUUCUAAACAAAGUUAAGACUUUGUAUACCUAAGUGUGUUAUGUACCAUAACUAAGGUAACUAAACUUUUUAAUGUUACAUAGUUACCUAUAGUUAAUAUUGGAGGUUUAAAAAAGACAUGCUCGUCAAGUUUACACUUUUACCAAAGUAAAGAGGAAGACACUAUAUCCCGCCUUCAGUUUGCCUUAAAAGGGUAAAACAUUCUUACUUAGACUUUAGAUGUAUCAGUUUUAGUAUUGUGUCCACCUCCAAAACUAGAUCCAAUACAGAACACUGUGGCACACCACUUUGAACCAUGCUUCAGCUUCUAAAUGACAACUCGUUGUACAUGCUCCUUCAAAAAACAUUUUUAUCAAUAAACACAAAGCACCACCACAACCAACAAACCUUAGACUAGGAAGGAGUCUUUAUAGGGCACUGUAUCAAAAGUCUUGGGAAUAUAAGUAUCAUCAUCCUACCUUAGAAAAAGCAAGUAAAUAUGUUUGAUACAGGCUGUCAUUCAUAAAACUAUGCACACUAUUGCUCAACAUGCCAUUCUCCAGAUCUUUAUGUUAACAAGAUUUCCUAAUGAACCUUAAAAAAACAAUAAAACAGGAAUAUAUCAGCGUUCCUCUAAUCUAUUGGUUCCAUACCAGAUAAGUGGAAGUCAAAGAAAAAGACAAAUAAUGGCCUAGUUUAUUCCAUGUUAGCACUCUUUAGGACUGGAGCCCUAUUUACACUAACUUACAUUAAUGUGUAACUACAUUGUUCCAUGUUAGCCACUGAAAAUAUGUUUGGAGUAAGCUGUACUACAGUAUGAGUCUGGCUCCUUUGCCGCAUGCAAUGAGAAAAAUAAAUCAUUCAAGUGUAAGUUCUCAUCUUGUAAAUGUCUCCUUGCUGUCCCUUUUGCAAAAUAAUUAUUUUGCCAAUAGGGAAUUAUUAAAAAAACAAAACAAAAAAAAAACCAACACUUAUUAGUUGUAAUAGCAUGGGCUUACACUAUAAGAAGGGCCUUCAGUUUCUCACUAGUUCCCUCCUCCAGAACCUUAAGUGAGAGGGCAGCAUGAGUUUCUACUGCACAUGAUCCCUUCUUUCUUUGUUCAUGUGCAUAGUAGUAUUAAAAGAGCCUGCCAAUAGAGUUAAUUAUAUGGAAGGAGAGACCUGCUAAACCCU